AUGCUCCAUAUACUUGUGGUUCCUCUUCCUCUCCAAGGCCACAUAAACCCAAUGUUCCAAUUCUCAAAACGCUUAGCAUCCAAAGGUUUAAGGGUGACACUUGUCACCAUCUCCUCUGACACUCAUCAUGAGCCCAUAGAAACCCAAUUGAGCUUGGUCAAGAUUGAGUCAAUUUAUGCUGCAUCUGAAGAAGCAGACAAGAGUAAUGCAGAGAACAAGAUGCAGUGGCUCCAAAACAUUUUGUCAGAAAGAUUACCAGAGCUGAUUUCAAAGCAAGAGAGCAUUGGGUACCCAAUUAGCUGCAUUGUCUAUGACUCAGCCAUGACAUGGGCUCUGGACAUGGCCAAAGGGCUAGGCAUUGCUGGGGCUUCAUUUUUCACUCACUCUUGUGCUGUUGGAACUGUGUACUGUAAUGUGCACCAAGGGGUGCUUAGUGUUCCUCUGAAAGAGGGUCCAAUUUUACUACCUGGCUUGCCACUACUUGAGCCUCAUGACCUGCCCUCUUUCAUCUAUGAUCCAGGCUCCUACCCCUCCUUUUUAAAGUUGGUGGUUGGCAGGUUUUCAAAUAUCACUGAUGCUGAUUGGAUUUUCUGGAACAGUUUUGAUUGCUUGGAACAAGAGGUGGUGAGCUGGAUGAGAACAAGAUGGCCAAUCAAGACAAUAGGGCCAACCCUUCCAUCAAUGUACCUAGACAAAAGGUUAGAAGAUGACAGAGACUAUGAUUUCAACCUUUUCACACCCAACGUUGACACUUGCAUCAAGUGGUUAGAAUCAAAAGAUACAGGCACAGUGGUGUAUGUAUCGUUUGGAAGCAUGGCUAACCUAGGAGAAAAGCAGAUGGAGGAGCUAGCAUUGGGCCUAAAAAGGAGCAAAACCAACUUCUUGUGGGUAGUCAGAGAAUCAGAAAUUCAAAAGCUUCCUAGCAAUUUCGAAGAGCAAACAUCAGAGAAGGGUUUGGUUGUGAAUUGGUGCCCUCAACUGCAAGUUUUGGCUCACGAGGCCGUUGGUUGCUUCAUGACACAUUGUGGGUGGAACUCUACACUUGAGGCAUUGAGCUCAGGGGUGCCAAUGGUGGCAAUGCCACAGUGGACUGACCAAUUGACAAAUGCUAAGUUUGUGGAAGAUGAAUGGAAAGUUGGAGUGAGGGUCAAGGUUGACCAAAUGGGAAUUGUCACUAAAGAAGAAAUAGAAAGAUGCAUAGCACAAGUCAUGGAAGGAGAGAGAGGGAAGGAGAUUAAAAGGAAUUCAAUGAGAUGGAGAGAAUUGGCUAAGGAGGCUGCGGCGGAAGGUGGAAGCUCUGAUAAGAACAUUGAGGAAUUUGUAGCAGCUCUCUUAUGUAAAUAA